AAAAAAUUGGCAUUUAUCGAAUGCGUUUUGCAGAAACAUGAUGGGACUAUUAUCGUAAAAGGAUGCCAAACGAAAUUCAUAGACCUAUAAGGUUUACGUAAUUAACAGUACAUACAGAUCUAAAAUUGAGUAGCAAAUUUUUUUGAUCAAUAUCAAUGAUUUUCUUGUAGUUUUAUUGAAGCCAUAUGAAACAAACCUUCCUUACAGACUAUAGACAAAAAUUAGGUACUUAAACGAUUAAUGUAAAACAAAAAGCAGUCUGCAAUUUAGAGAUCAAAGAGAUAAUAAAUAAAGAAAAAUCAAGUUGAUAGAAUUCGAGAUUGUCUUAAAGUCAUUUAAAGCUCUUGAAAUAGGAGCAUUUCUUGCAUACUCCGUUUUACAAUUUCCCCCAUAAAAAGGAAGAGGUUUGUAAAGAUUCUUUCGAGGAACAUUGAAGUUGACCUGCUCUAGAAGAGUAGGACAAGCGAUAACAUCAUUUAUUAACACCCUUAUUCUAGAACGCUAAUUUUCGUUCCACACGCUGCAAUCCUUGCGGAAACAUUUGCGGAAUUGCAUUUUAUAACCCUUACUAAGUAGAAUUCUCCUUUCUGUGUUGCUGGAGAAGAGGGGAUUUCGCGUGUCAAAGGUAUAGAACAUUACUAGUGCAUAUAACUCCAGAUACGUCAUCCACGGUAUUUUUGCAGAGAACCCACAUCAAAA